AUGUUACAGUCUCAAAAACUACAAGCCAUGGGAGAACUCGCCGGAGGUAUUGCUCAUGACUUUAACAACCUUUUAACAGCGAUUAUCGGUUUUUGCGAUCUUCUCCUUUUGCACCAUUCUCCUGGAGAUCAGUCCUUUACUGAUAUUAUGCAAAUCAAACAAAAUGCCAAUCGAGCAGCAAACUUAGUCCGCCAACUCCUUGCCUUCUCAAAACAACAAACCUUGCAACCAAAACUUUUAAAUGUCACUGAACACAUUGCUGAUUUAACGCCUCUUUUGGGGCGCCUUGUUGGGGCUUCAAUCACCUUAAGCGUUCAUUACGAAAGAGAUUUAUGGCUGAUAAAAGUCGAUCAAAGUCAAUUUGAACAAGUCAUCAUUAAUUUGGUCGUUAAUGCCCGAGAUGCUAUAGGAGACAAACCCGGGACAAUAUCUGUCACAACUCGAAAUAAGAGAAUUGAUCAACCAAUUUACUCUGGCUCAGAAAAAAUUAUGCCAGGAGACUACAUCACAAUCGAAGUUAAAGAUGAUGGUUGCGGGAUUGAUGAUAAGGACUUACCUAGAAUUUUUGAUCCUUUCUUUUCUUCAAAAGCCGAAAAAGGAAUAGGUUUAAGUUUGGCAACAGUUUAUGGAAUCAUUUUACAAAUGGGCGGUCUUGUCCAAGUCGAAACCCAACAAAAAGCAGGAUCAACCUUUCGUAUUUUUCUCCCCCGAAAGAAAAAGAUUCCGAGUCAAAUUUCAGUUUCACCCUUAAAAAAGGACCUAAAAGGUCACAAAAAAGAGCAAGAUAAAGAAUCUCCUAAAGACUUAACAGGAACCGCAAAUAUUUUGUUUGUAGAAGAUGAAGAUGCCGUCCGACUUUUUGGUGCCAGAGCUUUAAGAGAUAAAGGAUAUCGUGUUAUUGAAGCACAUAAUGGAGAAGAAGCGUGGGAAUACAUUACUUCUGAAGGACGCCUUGAAAAUAUCGACCUCAUCAUAACAGAUGUUGUUAUGCCCAUUAUGGACGGCCCAACACUGAUCGAAAAAGUGAAUGAGCUGACCCAAAAACUAAAAGUAAUCUUCAUUUCAGGAUACGCAGAAGAUGAUUUCAGGCAAAAAGUAAAACAAGACGAAAACAUACAUUUUCUUGCAAAACCUUUUAGCCUUAAAGCACUUGCGCUAAAAGUAAAAUCAAUUUUAGAAGAAGAAAAUACCUUGCAAAAAGAAAGUAAAAAAGAGGCAUGUUAA